CCCUUCCUCUGCCAGUGGGUGUCGGAAGCUGAAGAGGUAACAUGGUUUAUUGUUCAGAAAGAGGCUGUGGCAAAGGAAGUCCAAAAUCAGAAUCUGAAGCUGGAGAGGAGGGAGGCCAAGAGGCAGAGAUGAGUCAGGCUGGUGAAGAAACGCAGGUGUCUCCCUCUCCUGCUGCAAUAAGCUCUCUUCCCCACAGUCUCCCAGGACCAGAAGAGGUCUGAAGACAGAGGAGCAGAGACAAGCGUGUCAGCAUAGUUUCAGAUUGCUUGGGAAGGACCCAGGGGGAGGAUGAGAUUCAGACAGCUGUGGGAAGGCAGGGACCUUCAGCCUCCACAACUGCCUCAUAGGGGCAAGACCUACUGAGAAGAGUUGCUGUGCUCAUUAGGCCUGGCUCCCCUGAGCAGCCCUUGCUUCUUCAAAUAAAGAGUAAACGCUACGUACUCUGUGUGAUUUAUUGCUGAUUUAUGGCUCCCUGACAGGUAUGCCUGUAUUAGGAUUGUGUAUUUUCAAUGUGCACUAUUUUCAGAUAUUCUAGUCAUUCUCAGAGAUUUUCAUACAUGAAAUUUUAACUUACAAGGCUGCCUGCAUCAUUAGAGACAACUUGCUUAGAGUAGCUGGCAUAGGAGAAGAGCGAAUUAAUUCCCCUCCUUCUCCUAUGCAGUGUGCCAAUCAAAAUCCCCGGUUGCUUUUAGCAAAAGAAAUAUAUAUUUGGAGAUCCAGCCAAGGAUCUUCCACAGGCUAUGUGAUUUGACUCUAAUUCUCAUCAUGACACACACACAGCCCAGGCUUUCCUAAGAGUCAUACCUGGUGUUCUAGAACACCCAGAAGUACUAUGAAGGGCAAUUGUCUGUUUCUAUGGCAAUUUCAUGAAGGUUCUUCACAUGAAGGGGAGGAUAAAUCCCUGCAAAAGGAGAUGGGUUCUGCCUGUUCAGAAUUCCAUCUUCUCCUUAAACUGUCCACAGCCCUGUUGACAGACAGCAAGAAAAUAUCCUGCAGAAAACACUGUUGCCCACAUCAGUUAAAUCUCCAAGGGCAAAAGAAGGCUUUAGAAUAGACUGCCAUCAUGAGUAAUGGAGGUUGGGUGGGCACAUGGAGGCCCCAUCGUCCACGAGGACCAGUCAUGGCCCAGUAUUCCAGCCCUGGGCCCAAGUACAACAUACCGGGAGCAACAGGUUAUAUCUCGCACAUUCCUACCAAAAGGAAAGCCCCUGCCUACAGUAUGUAUGGCGCAAAGCCCCCAUCCAGCAAAGACAGAGUUCCGGGUCCUUAUGAUGUGCAGGGCUAUAUGACAAACAGAGGAAGGCAAUCGGCUCCGUCUUAUACAAUGGGUGGUCGAUUCAGAGUGAAAAAGGAGGUUACCCCAGGUCCUGCCUCUUACUCACCAGAGAAGUCACGGAAAAUAAUUUAUCAAAAUGCUCCUGCACAUUCUAUUUCAUUCAGGACUCGUGGUUACAAAGUAGACGCCACACCAGGUCCCAGCGCUUACACGAUGCCUGAGGUCCUUGGGCCGCACACAGUGGCCACCUCCGCCGGCCCUUCUUACUCCAUGACAGGGAGGAGUAAGCUUGGGCGUUUCGACGAAGACUUGCAUAAGACCCCUGGUCCUGCUGCAUAUCAUAAGCCUGAUACAGAUAUCUACAAAAAGAGAGCACCCAAGUAUUCUAUGGGCAGUCGAAGCAAGGGUCUAAGAGCUGGGAAAACACCUGGGCCUGCAGACUAUAGUGUAGGAAAGGUAUCAUUGCUCAAAUCUUGUGCUCCAGUUGUCACUUUUGGAAUCAGACACUCCGACUACACAACACCUCUGAUUGUGGACGUCUGCUGAAUUCAUCCCUUGUACAGAAAAUGAUUUUUCUACUGAUAUUUCUAUAUCAUGUUCCUCCACAUUUUAACACAGUUAACCACCAGCUGUUUAACUGCAUUUUUUACAAAUACCAGAGCUAAAGGACCAUUUAAAAUAUUCAGAAACUGAUUACCAUUCAAGACUGAAGUUCUGUCCUCUGAUGAAGGGAUAGGCCAUAAGCCCCUCUUGUGAGGAAGACAAAGCGCAGCUCACACUUGCCCUACUCUUUGAGCCCAAGGAAUACAUAUCUAAAUGCAUGUCGGCAUUCUGACAACUAGUAUACAAUUAACGGUGUCAUUCUUCAUAAAGUAGGAUCCAAUAUAUAUUAAAUAUAUAUAUGUAUUUGUGUAAAAAAAGCUACUUGUGUUCCUGAUCCAGAAUUAUUUCAUGGAACUUGUUUGUUGCAAUAACUCACAUAAAAAGUAUUUUGUAUAUUCCAUAUCUUCAGCUGAGAAACGUGUUUUGAAAUAAAUAAAUAAAUCAGGAAUAAAAUGUUUAUUUCAUGUCCUAGCUAUAAAAUAAAACAUCAGUUCUUUUGUAGAGGGUUCACUACUCGAAAACUGUAGGAAUAUUCUGAACUUGAAAAGUAGAAUGUUAAGCUUUUUCAUAGAGAACUAGCAGUAAUAGGGAUAACAAUACUGCCUUGCAGCUCAGUCAGGAUUCUCACCCAUUAAUACUGGUACAGCAGCUGAAAUAAUUGACGCUGUGAAUGGUUGUAUCCCCUCCUGCACAAAGGUGUUGAGGGGGAACCAGGAUCUCGCCAGUUCCCCCUCCUUUUCAUCCUUUGUGCAUUAUAUUUAUUGUGUUCAUCCUCACAGCAACUCUGUGAGGAAAGCCAUUUCACAGAUGAGUAUAUGAGGCUGCACCUGUUAUUUUCCCCUAGGCUACACAAUAAGCUCAUAGCACAGAUGAAACUUGUUCCAAGCCCUACUCUGUCCACUUGACCACAAUUUAGACAGUAACUUUAUUACGGCAAAAACUUUCAUGGUCUACAGUCCAUAAAAUCUGUUAUCAUCUUUAAAGGUGCUACAAGAUUGUUUUUGCUGCAAAAAGCAAAUAAACUCUCUUUCUCACCAUGCUAUAGCAACAGAAUGUCAGUUGAGAUAUCUUUCAAAAUAAAAGCAUAAACUUCUUUAUU